UCAGCCGCUGGCAGCCUUGUCAUCCCCGGCUCUUCCAGCGCUGGGCUCCGGACCCCGCUUCCAUGCCAGGACAAUGAUUCCACCAGGGGAAUGUCUGUAUGCUGGAAGGAAAAGACGAAAACCCAUUCAGAAACAGAGGCCUGCCUCUGGGAUUGGAAAAACAAAUCCUUCCAAGAGACAUAGAGACCGGCUGAAUGCUGAGCUAGAUCACCUGGCUAGCCUCCUGCCUUUCCCACCAGAUAUAAUAGCUAAAUUGGACAAACUCUCUGUUUUACGUCUCAGUGUCAGUUACCUCCGAGUUAAAAGUUUCUUUCAAGCUGUUCAAGAAAAACACUUGAGAAAGCAUGCAGGUUUUGGAAUAAAAGAAGUUGGUGUACCCAAAGUACCUGUCAUCUCAGAAGGUGGAUUCUUGCUAGAGUCACUGAGUGGUUUUGCACUGGUAGUAAGUGGAGAUGGAAUGAUAUUCUAUGCAUCACCAACAAUUGUGGACUAUCUAGGAUUUCACCAGACUGAUGUAAUGCAUCAAAAUAUAUAUGAUUAUAUUCAUGUGGAUGAUCGUCAGGAUUUUUGCAGACAACUACACUGGGCCAUGAACCCACCAAAACUAGUAUCUGGAGAGCAUACACAGACAGACACAGGAGAAGAAUUCAUUCUUAGCAAAAUGUGUAGUGCACAGGAGAGUGACAAUAUAACAACAGACUUUUCACCAUUUUUAACUCGUUGUUUUACUUGUCGAAUCCGGUGCCUUUUGGACAGCACCUCUGGCUUCCUUACAAUGCAUUUUCAAGGUAAACUAAAAUUUCUCUUUGGACAGAAGAAGAAAUCUUCCUCAGGAGCAAUAUUAUCUCCUCAGUUGUCCUUAUUCUGCAUAGUGGUACCACUCCUGCUUCCUCCUGUGACUGACAUGAAGUUAAAAAGCCUUUUUGUGAAAGGAAAAUGCAAAUCUGAUCAUGCAACCUCAGCAGAUACAAAGUUGAAGGCUAUUUCUGGACAGUAUAUGGCUGGUAUUCAUAGAAGAAAUUCUUCCCAAGAAGGAGAAAAUAACAGAGAAAAUGGCAUUUCCCUCAUGAAACUGCAAGCAAACAAGGACCCCUGGGUUUGGAUACAGGCCAGUACUCAAGUUCAGUACAGAAAUUCUUCUUCAGAAUGUGUCAGUGCUCUUCAGCAAGCUCCCAAGGAAGAGAAAAUCCAGAAGAUACCAAACAUCAAUGCAAGUAUGAAAGGAAACAGAGAACAUUUAGGACAAAUGAAGCAUAACAAGUGGAGUCCAAGGAAAAAAGAGCAGGAUAACAUAAAAGUGAAGUUUGAACCUAAUACAGAUGGUGAUGAAUGCUUUAUUCAGCAAGAAUUUGUUAAUCCUGCUGUAUCACUGUUUGGUAUUCAACACAAUAACAGUGGAAAUGGCAUGUGGGCAUCAAGGAAUCAAUCAGGUAUUUGCUUUAGAGGUCAGUGUAAUGAGAACAAAUGCUCUAACAAGAUUUUGAGAUCUUUGUACAGUAGAGAUGAGCAGCUCUUCAGUUUGUCAUCAACUUGUCUUUGGGCUGACAGAGAAAAUUGCCAACUAUACCCAAGCUUGCAGCAAUUCACAGCAGACAGUUAUUUGGGAGAAUACAUGAAAUUACAGUGUCCCCCAGUAUCUCCAGAAACUCUGUACAACACUAACUUAGCUCACAACACCCUGAUAAAAACUGAGUAUGAUUCAGAUUAUGAAGAUCUAGCUAAUAGUUAUACUAAUUCACCAAGUUGUGGUUUGAUGGAUGAAAACAGCACAGUCAAAAAGCAGUCAAUUCACUUUCCUAAAAGGAUCCACCUUAAAACAGAGCUCAUUGAACAACCAUCUGCCGGCCAAACCCCAAGACAUUGUGUCUAUCCACCAUAUAACUGGCAACACAUAGUGAUGCAUCAUACCAAUAAUGUCAGUAGAAGUGUACUUGGCAAAACAACGCAUAACAAAGAGACAACGUCUUUAACGCCCCCGCAAUCUAUGUGUGCAGAAGCUACGGAGAGCCCACAAGCUCCAUAUUAUAGUAAUCAGUUCUAUAAUGCAUCUUCUAUAGAAGAGAGAGGGCUGAAUACCCAGGUUGUGAAGACACACACUGAGUUUAAAAAUAUCAGUUUUAUUCAGACAAUUAAACAUGAGUCUUUAGAUUCUCCUCCUAUCUCCGGGAGUGGUCAGAAAGCAGUAGAGACUACAUUCUGUGAAACAGAAUUAGCUGGUUCUCAUCCUCAUAAAAUAUUGCCGCAGCAAACUGUGUAAUGUGUUAUGGUGUUUUACGGCAGCAUCAAUGGUACAGAAAUGGGACACAAAACAGGAAAUAAGGCAUUUUCUAUUGUAGGGACCCAGAGCUACUAAUCCUGUUUUGGUUUCACUUUCUAGAUUUACAAUUGUUGACCCUGUUCAUCAUAUGGAUUGUGAGUGAUGGGUAUGCUUAAUUUCCAGUCACCCACUUAAUAUAACAUAGAGAAGUAUGCUUCAUAUUUAUAAAAGCAUAGACAUUUUGUUGCAGAUAAUUAGUACUGAUGUGUAAAGGCAACAGGUUUAAACCAAAACUUUGUUUUGCAUAAAACUACUCAGCAGUUUUUUAUUCUUGGCUAACAGUAGCCAUAUCAUCUGUGGUUCCUAAUUAAUUUAAGAGGGUUCUUGUGCUGUUCCCAGAUUUAAACAGGAACAGAAUUUUGGAAAAGUCCCAUAAAAGCUUCAGGGGUGCACUAGGCAUGGAGCUACAGAGAGAAUGUAAUGUCAGACCUAGUCUGACACCAUGAGGUAGGGAGUUCCUGGAAUUCUAGACAGAGAACAGGACAUUAAAAGAAAUGUAGUCUACCUGAGGGCAGAAUUGUGGGAUGGACUCUUAGGGAAGGACAAAGAAAGAAAAGAAAAGGUGUGGCUGUAGAAAAUAUGAGGUGGCAGCAGCAAGCUCUGAUAUGUUUUGCCAUUCAGUUUGGAUGAUGUUGAUAUGCGGCUUUGGAUAAGAUAGUUCAGCCAUGUAGGAAUGUUCUGUUGAAGUAUUUAUAUAGCCAAAAUGGUUAAUUUCAAAACAUUCAGUCACAUUUCUUGAAACAAGUAUAGUCUGGAUGCUGUCAAUGACAAACCUCUUCAAGACUUCUUCAGAUUCCUUGGUAUUUGUCUGUUAUUUCCUCUUCUUAAAUUACUGUUUGUGUCUGGAAUUCCACUUAACUGGGGUGGGGAUGAUACACCUCCCUGAAUUAGAAGUGUACAAAGUUUAUCUAUGAAACACACUUUAUGGCAUAGUUGUUUGAACAUUGGACAUCAACUCUAGAGACCAUGGUUCAAAUUCCUUCUCAACCAUGGAAACUCAUUGGUGAGUUUGGACAAGUCACAUAUUCUCAGUCCCAGAAAACCCCAUGAUAAACCACCCACCUUAGAGUUGCCAGAAGUGACUUGAAGGCACACAAUAGCAACAACAAAAAUUGCACAUCUUCUAUUAACUUUUGAGCAUUGACCAUUUACUAUAUCCAUACAGAAGACCUUGCCAGGCUGAGUAAAACAUUUUGACAUUAAUUUAGAGAUGAACAUAAAAUAAUAAUAGUAAUAAUAUUUUCCAACAUAUAAUUGGUAUAUUUCUGAAUAUUUGUUUUCCAAUAAAUUUUCCAAGCAAUGAUUUUCCAAAUGGGUAUUUAUAGAAAAGAAAUUGGAAGCAGUUUGUCAUUACAUUGGCAGUUCUACUGUUGUCAUCAGCUUUGACUUCUAUUCACCCUAUGAAUGAGAGAACUCCAAGACACCCUGCCAUCAACAGCCCUGCUCAGAUCCUGCAAACUGAGGACUGUGGUUUCCUUGAAUGGUUAUUCAUCAUUAAUGUGGUCUUCCUCUUUUCUAUUACCUCCCACUUUACAAAGCAUUAUCAGCUGUUCAUGUCAUCUUGUGAUAUGGCCAAAGUAUGAUAGCCUGUUUGGUAAUUCUUGCAUCUAAGGAAAGUUGAGGCUUGAUUUGUUCUAGGACCCAUUUAUUUGUAUUUUUGCAGUUCAUGGUAUCUAUAGAACUCUCCUGCAGUACCACAUUUCAAAUGAGUUCUCUUUGCGUCAGCUAUUUUCACUGUCCAGAUUUCCUAGCUAUACAUAGACAUUUGAAAUAUAAUGAUAUGGGCGUUUCUGAUUUUGAUAUUCUAUCAUAUAUAUUUACAUUUGAUUACCACCAAAGCAAAAAUGCAAAUGUUUCUUUUUAAAAAGAUAUAAUCAGACUAAUGCAUAAUGUAAACAGGUCAAUAAAUACUUUAUUUUAAUCAUUUUAUUGUUAAAACAUGUAGCCAUUUACAUCAUUGUUAAUAUCAUCUUUCAGUCCAGCAGUUUUAACAUGAAUACAAAAUGUUUGUGAAAGGUUUCCAUGUAUGUCUGCAAGUCACAUGCUUUGUUUUCAGUCUUAAAAAUACUAAUAAGCACAUAACAAAAGAACUGCUGUGAUUUAUGUUACCUCAGAUGUAUAACUUGCAUUAUUGAAUCAAGAGAAAAUAACAUUUACAGAAUAAUAUGUGUAAAAUCAGUAGUACAGUGUGUCGGUGUUAUACGUGAGCGCAGCUUAUGCGGCUUCCAGCAUACACUGGAAGCCUGCACCGGAAGAAGCCUCGGCGCCCCAGGAAGAGGUAAUGGGACGUGUGCCGCGGGCACGAGCCCCAUAGCUUCUAAUGGGGCUUGACUUUACAUGUUUUUUCCCUUACGCAGGGUGGGUCUGGAAAGGAUCCCUGGGUAAGGGAAGGGCACACUGUAUGAUUUAUUCUGUAACAGCAGCUCAGGUAGUCUGCUCCUAUAGCAAACCAUUGAAGCAGAAUUAAAAAAAAACUUUUUGUACAAAACUUCUUUCCUUAUUCUGAUAGUCUUUUCUGCAAAGCAGAAAGUCAUAAAAUUAGAAAUUACAGGAUUGUAGUCCAGUUACCAAAAGAGCUACAUUCUUUAGACUUUUAAGAAAGUCUUAAUUUCAACUUUAAAAUAAUAUUUCUGAUGUUUAGACUGUGCUGCUCUUUGAAAAUCAGUAAAAGUCAGUGUUUGCUAAUAAAUAUUCUUUAUGUAAGUUGAAUUUGUAAUUUUU